CUUAAUUUGAUUCCAAGAAACUCUCACAUGAGCUGCAAUUUAAUACAGAAUACAUAAGCAGCAUAUUUAUAAACACACAUAAGCAGAACAACAGCUAAAAGGCAACUAGAGAGAGAGAGACCUUGAGAAGAAGAAACAGGACCAAGACCAUAGGAUGCAUAAACAUUAAACAGUGGCACUUUAGAUCUUGAGAGAUAAUGGCUCUAAUUGAAAGAAGUCCCGAUCAAUGUCUCCUGGAACGUCUCCAGAGAUGUCAACAGAAUAGAGAUAUAUCAAGGUCUCAGACAACAUCAAACAGUGAAAAACCAGUAACUUCCACACCUCAUCUGACACAUCCAGGUUUAACUGUAAAUGAAGAAGAUGAAGAUGAAGAUGUGAAAACCUGCGUUGACACUGACUAUGCUACGCAGUUCUUUAAUAUUCAGUACACACUGAAAGAAGAUUACAUUCUAACAGACUUUUCUUUCAUUCAGGGCACAAGACGUUUUGAAUGUCAUUCCAUAAUUCUUGCUGCAGUUAGCUCCUUGGUGCAGAAACAUCUACAGGAAGGAGAGUGUGAUGAGAUCUGCUUAGAUGAAGAAGUAAGCAGCGUAGGUCUAGAAGCAGUCAUUGCAUAUGCUUAUAAAGGAGAAAUGAAUCUGGAUAAUGAAACAGUAGCUGAGGUCAUGAAGGCAGCCAAAUAUCUCGGUGUGCCUAGAAUGAUAGAACUCUGCACUCGCUUUCAAGAGUCAUCUAAAACUGUUGAUGAGUGGAAGCCUUUAUCAUCUGAUAUUUGUUUAGCAAAUCUGCGGUCUAUUAAAGACCUUUGGAGUCAAAAUGUUGGCUGUGAUAUACAGCUUCAGGUUGAUGGACAUACCUUUUCAGCACACAGAACUGUUCUAGCAGCAGGAAGUGACUACUUCAGGGCAAUGUUCACCAUUGGAAUGAAAGAGGCAGGUGAAAGCAAUAUACAGAUACAGGCUGUCAAUUCUAAGAAUGUUUCUGACCUGCUAUCUUUCAUGUACACAGGAAGUCUGUGUAUCAGUUGGGAACAUAUUUUUGAUCUCACCAGCACCUCCAUGCAGCUCCAGGUAGUGAGGGCCAUUCCUCUUUGCUUUGACUUCUUCAGGAAAGAGAUUAAUGCAGAAGAAUGCCUGGAUAUUAAAGCCUUUGCCGAAGCCUUCAACUUCAAUGACCUCAAAGAACAUGCAGAAGACUUCAUCUUAUCAAACUUUGAAGAGGUAGCUUCAGUACCUAAAUUUGAAGACCUUUCACUACAUCAACUAUUAUACUAUCUGUCCCAUAAUGCUCUCUGCAUUGCUAAUGAGCUGGAAGCCUUUCGAAUUGCAGUUAACUGGAUCAAUGCUAAUAAAUCUGAGAGAAUGUGCUAUGCUGCUGAAAUCAUGCAAGUCAUACGCUUUCCACUUAUGACUUUUUCACAGAUUAAAGAAGUCAGGGCCACCAACACUAAGCUCGUGGAAGAAGGUUGGGAAGACAUCUACGAAGCUGCUCUUAACCAGUUUGGGUGGACCCAAGAUGCAAUUCAGCAGUACUGUAGAGUGCGACAACCCCGUCAGGUGAUGGUUCUUGUAGGAGGAUAUGAACUUUCAGAAAACCUUGACAAGCAUGUUGCUAGCAAAAAUCUUUGGUUUGCAAACAGCUUUAAGAGUGGUAUUGGCUUAAUAAGAGAUAUUGAAUGGCAGCACUUAAGCAACUUACCUGAUCUGCCCAGGUUUUCACACAGCCUUGUAGUACUGAACAACAUUUUGUAUAUUUUUGCUGGAAGCCACUAUCAUGGAAAACAGGAUGUUUUAAAAUCAGCUGUAAGGUAUGAUCCAAUGCAGAACACUUGGAAAGAGAUAGCACCUUUGAAUGAGGGUCGAUAUUCUACUGUGGCAGUUUGUCGGAAUGACCUGAUCUACAUUCUUGGAGGGGAUACAGUCGCAGGAGAAAAUGUGGAUUCUGUUGAGUGCUAUGACCCUGCUUCCAAUACAUGGAGGUAUGUUCAUCCCUUGGAUCAGCCUCUCAGCGGUCACGCAGCUGAGGUGUGGAAUGGAGAGAUCUUUGUGUCGGGAGGAUUUAACUGUCAGUAUCAGUGUCUUGUGUCCAUGUUUACAUACUCUCCUGAUGUGGGUACAACUUACCUCUCAUCUAUGAAUGAGGAUCGAGCAGAACAUAUUAUGGAGACCAUCAAGGAUAAGUUUUAUGUGGCUGGUGGUCGGCGGAGUUUUGGUGGAAGUUACCUUAACCAGUACUUAUGUGAGGUGUAUGAUCCAUAUACCGACACCUGGGCAUCCAUUGCAAAGCAGUCUACCCCUCAUGUGGCUGCAGCAUCAAGUGUAUUGGAUGAGAAGCUGUACGUUCUUGGUGGCCAGUGCUGUGAGACCAAUAAAGACAGCCAUCGGGUCAGCGCUUAUAAUCCACGCAGUAGUGCAUGGGAGCCAGCAGGUAGAAUGCCCACUGCCAGUUCAAACAUUCAAGCAUGUGUCUUGUCUGUGCCAUCAAAUUUACGCAGGCCAAGUAAAUGACCUCUUGUAGAUAUAUUAUUUCAUUGCAGAAUAAGGGAAUCAGGCAACUUUGCAAAAAUGACUCCUAUGUGAUUCUGUUUUCAGGGUAGCAUAGCCUAGUAAGUAGCGUGACUGAAUGUCAAAAUGAAAUAAAACUCAGGUAAUGAAGGCAGUUGUUAAGCUGAGUGGUUAUAUGAGUUUAUAAUAAAACCCAAUGGCAUAGAUUAUUAGGGAACUUAUACCCUGCAUGUGGAUUAAACACAAAUAAGUGAUAUGGCAGCAUAGAAAAUUGUUUACCAGUAUUGUUUACCAGUAUCAAUACAUCUUUCAGUAAAAUUAAUCUAAACACAUACUUAUUUUUAAUAAUUUCCUCAGCCACAUAUUAAUUGAAGAUGUACACAUAUUUUGUCUUCUUGUGGCCAUUUGUUCUAAAGUAUUUGUUUUUGCAGGGGGGGCAAGCCACCCCACACCCCCUUUAAAGUUAUAUACAUGAGCUCCACAGUCACACCAACUCAAAGAACGCAGAAAUUCCCUAAAAAAGGCAUCACUGCAGGCACAAGUCACUGACAGUGAUUUUCUGUGGAAGAAUUAUGCUCAUCAAUGGGUUGAACCUAAAGCUCCACACUUCAAUCUUUGUCCACUAGUAGAGUAAUGAAGAUAAACACCCUUUCAGUUUAAUAUAGUGAAUUUACUUAAUACUAAACUGUCUGAACCUCCCUCAUAAUCCUUUCCUACCUAACUAGUUCCUAACUAACAACAUGUUUAAGGUGAGGGUGCUCCAACACUUGUCUUCCAUAAGAAACAAGGACAUACACAAUGCCCUUUAUAGGCAUAUUGAAAUCAAUCCCACCCACACUUUUCUUUUUAGAGCUAUAGUCAAUGUAAGGCUAAACAAUAUGGGAGGUGACAUCAAGCUUCUCACAGAGGCCGCAGAAUCCAAAUGGAUUUUAGAGCUGAUGGCUCAUAGGAGCCCAGGUUUAGAUGAUAUGGUACCUAUGAGACCCGCCCUUCAGAAAAGGCGGGUAGUUUACUGACAGCUCAUUGGCUGGAUGUUAGUUUAAAUUGAUGGUUUGAUUGUUUUUAACUUUAUCUGAAGAAGGGUUGUUACCCGAAAGCGCUUAUCUUUGGAAUUUUGUGUUUUAAAUAAAGACUGAUGGAACAUAGCAGUGUCCUGCCUUUCUUUUCUUGGAUUUAGUUCCUACAUAUCCAAGACAAAUGCUUUUCACCUUAUGGUAAAAGAUGUUAAGGCCAUUUGGUGACUAAAUCUAGAAAAGAAAAGCUUACGUUCUGAGACCGUAU